AUAUUUAAAAAAUUCAAAUAUUAUUUAAUUCUAUUUUUAUAAUUAUAUAAUUUUUAUUACUAAAACAAUUUUUUAAAAUUUAUGCAGUUUUUUUAAAAUUGUAAUUUUCUAAUCCUAGUACCAUUAAUUUUUUUUAAUAUCUAAAAUUUUGGAAGCAUUAUUUAUUUUAUGUUUUGAUAGUUAUAUACCUAACAAAAAUUUCUCUUCAUUUUAUUGAAUUUGAUUUAAUAUAUUUUAACCAAAAGAAAUAACUAAGAAAAUAUUUUUGAUUAUAAUUUUAAAUAUAUACAUAUAUUAUUAAAUUUAAAUAAAAAUUAGUUGUUCUAUCUUAAUUAUAAAUAUAAAUAAAUUAAAAUUAAAUAUUGUAAGUAAUAAUAAAAUAUGCUUAUAAUAUUUUAAAUAUUAUAUUAAAAAUGGAUAAAAAGCCCAUUUCAAACCCAUUGAGAAUCAAGAGCCCAAUAAAAUUAGAAUCCAACCGAACCAAGAGACUGGGGCCCAUUAGAAUUAAGAACCCAGAGAACGAAGCCUAUUUUUAAUUGAGAAAUCGGCCAAAAAAACACUGAACUUUGCGGGAAUUGCCAAAAGAAACCUGGACAUAUGGGCUAGCCAAUAAAAUCAUGAACUUUUGUUGACUUUUCGGGUUUAUUAAGAAACUUACGAUUGACUGACCAGAUUAACACACUGUUAACCGAGUUAACUGUUAAUUAAGCGGACGUUUAUUUUGGGUGUUAAAGUAUACGACGUCGUUUCAUCACUUUGUCUGAUUAAAGACAAACGACGUCGUUUAUAUAGCUGUGUUAUUAAAAAUAUGGGUUUCGUACGGCUCGAACUCGUGUACUCGGGUAUAAUGGUAGGGGUUUUUGCCACUGAGCUAGUGGACUUUGCGAUAGAUUUACGAACACAAUUUCUUUUAUUCUUCGAAUCUGAGUUAAAGACAAAUUAAUGAAACGACGCGUUUUAUAUUAACUUUUUUAUUAAAAAGAUGGGGUUCCAUCGACUCGAACUCGUGCACUCGGGUUUAAUGGUAGGGGUUUUUGCCACUGAGCUAGUGGACUUUGCAAUGGAUAUACGAACACAGUUUCUUUUAUUCUCUUUGAAUCCGAGUUAAAUGAAUCAAAAAGAAACGACGGCGUUUUCUCCUCCGAUUGGUAUAAACCCUAAAUGGGCGAAAUCAUAAAUCCAGUUCGCGAUUCAAGCUCGAUUCUUUUCGAUCUCGUCCUUAAGAAUCUCGAUUCUCAUCUCUCCUUCUUCGAGUAUCGCAUGAUGAGUUCGGGUUGUGAGGAUUCGUCUGUGAAUACGAUGGGAAUUCGUGGUAUCCCGGAGCAAUGCGGCUGUGGUCGAAGAACUGGGAUAUACACAUCAAAAACGAAGGUCAAUCCAGGAAGAACUUUCUUUAGAUGCCCAACGUUUCAAAAUGAUCACUUGUAUAAAUGGGUAGAUGAAGCUGUCUACGAAGAGGUUCAAGAUGCAUUGCCAAAAGUUGAGUGCUUUGCAUCAGAUGUUAUGAAACUUAAAAUGGAGAUCGAAAGCAUGAAAACCGUGGAGGAAGAGUUGAAAGAAGAUGUCAGGAAGGCGAGCAAUGAACUUAAGAAGCUGAAUGUGAUCAUGAAAGUGGGUUUUUCGGUGGUUUGUUUAUGCGGUGUGAUAUGUCUUGUGUUGAUCAUGUUUGACAAAGCAUAUGGGUUGUCUAUGAAUAGCUACUAGGAGACUCUGUUUAUGUAAGGCUAUGUUUAUGUAAGACUCAUGGUUCAUGUAAGGCUAUGUUUUAAGACAAUGUUUCAGUAAUGUUUAUGUUUUACUUCUUGAUUGUUUAUAGAAGGACAAAUGAACACACCAAUGAACAGACCAUCAUGAUGAAAACACAAAGAUAAUAACCGACAGUUUCAAAUUAAAACAGCAGGAAGAAAAGAAAGAAAAAGGUAGUUCUUGUUCCAAAAGCAUUCAGACAGAGACACUAUCAUAAACAACACACAACGAAAGCAUUCAGACAGAGAC